AAUUAAUUUAAUUUAAUCUUUAUUCAAGCAGGCAGGCUAGCUGCAGCAAAAUUAAUGAAAAUGUGGAAUCUAAAGCUAGGAUCUCGUCUUUUCUGGCUGCAGCAUCGCCUACAACUGUGUAGGGUUUACUCUCAGGCUCAGCUUAUUGAGCAACUGCCUAAAGCAUUUUCAUUGGAAAGUGCAAGCACUACCAGUACUGUUACACAACAAAUACAGAGAAUCCUUAAGAGGUUUCCCAGUGAAAUUAGACCAAUCUCAAAGAUGGAUGACAUUCCUUUCACACCUGAGGUAUUAACAAAUCAUAUUCUAUCAUAUUACAAGUCUAUAUGUAAUGAUGACUCAAAAAAGAGAUUGUUUUAUGCUUACCUUGUUAAGCAUCUUGGUCCAGAUCGUGCUGAUGUUCAUAAAGCAGCAAAGACACUCACUGGCAUGUACAGUAAAGAAUAUUAUGAUUCAAGCAAAUUACUGCGGGCUGAAAUACAAUUGCAAAAUGUCCUUAGUCCUUUGUAUAUCGAAAUAUUCCGUUGGAUUGUACAAAAGAAUGGAGGAUUAAAAGCGUUGGUGGAUAUGAGGAGUGAUUUAUUGUCAAUCAUCAGGGACAGUAAUGAAGAAGGCACUCUCGUUCAUGAUCUAAAAGAAUUAGAUGUUCAUUUUCGAUCAUUAUUGUCACAAUGGUUCUCACAUGGAUUUCUAGACCUUCAACAAAUUACAUGGCAAUCUCCUUGUGACAUUAUUGAAAAGGUCAGUGAAUAUGAGGCUGUCCAUUCAAUACGCUCCUGGAAAGAUAUAAAGCAUCGCGUUGGGCCAUUUAGGAGAGUAUUUAUUCUAACUCAUCGGAACAUGCCAAGAGAACCAAUCAUUGUCCUCCAUUCCGCAUUAACUCAGUCUCCAUCUUCAAGUGUUCAGACUUUGUUAAAUAGACAAGUGCAUGAAAUUAAGAGUCUGGACAAUGUCAGAUCAGCAGUGUUUUAUUCAAUAUCUGCUGCUCAUAAAGGACUCUCUGGUAUUGAACUUGGCAAUUCUCUUAUACUUCAAGUAGUUGAAGCUCUAAAGAAAGAAAUCCCUAGCCUUCAGCAGUUUGUGACUCUCUCUCCAGUACCUGGCUUUCGUAAAUGGUUGGAAGCUCAUCUUCAUUCCUGUAUUAAUGAUUCAAGAGUAUUCAAGAUUUCAUUGGAGAAACUUCAAGAGCUAAAAAUUCUUUGUCCUGAUCAAACCAACAUUCAUUCUUUCCUUCAGCAUGUACUGGAUACUAAUGACUGGUCAGCUACAGCAUCUGCUAGAAUGAAUGCAUUAAAGCAGCCAUUAAUGUCCUUAUGCGCAAAGUAUCUUGUAAAUGAAAAGAGAAGAGGCUUUGCUCUCAACCCUGUUGCUAAUUUUCACAUAAGGAAUGGAGCUUCACUCUGGCGUCUGAAUUGGCUUGCAGAUACAAGUCCAAAGGGUUUGAAAGACUCAUAUGGAAUAAUGGCAAAUUAUAAGUAUGACUUGUCCUGCAUGAGCGAGUACAAUCAGCACUACGUCUUACAAGGAAAUAUACACUUUUCUGAUGAUGUAGGAAAACUUUUAAAUGAUUAAUGAAAUAAAUCAAAUGAUAGUUUUGUCUUUUAUAGAGGUAGAGGUUUUAGAUUUGGGUGACACUGAGGCA